AAAAAGGUCAAAAUAAAAGCAGAAAAUUUAGAAUUCCAUGAUGCUUUAUUAAGAAUAAUAAUGAUUAUACCCUCUUAUACAAAUAUCCCAUUAAAAGCAACGAUAUGUUCCAUAUAUGCAUAGUUGACAGGAUCAAACAAUUUUUGAAUUAACUAAAAUUUAGACUUAAAGAUUUUUGAGGAAAAUUGUUACUAAGAAUAUCACCAAUUCUAAAACACUAAUUAUUGAUCCUAAACUAUAUCAGAUAUCUGAUUUAAUGAGGACGAUAAAACUAAUAAAAUAAAUUCCAAUAUUAAGAGAAAUAUUUAUGUUAGGACUCAAAGGUCCUACAUAUAAAACACAUUAUGACACUUUGAGCCUAUUAGUAUUUAAGGCUGACUUUUAUAAAAUCUAAGCAUGA